AUGUUUCAGUUCCGUGCAUCCUGUCCUUCGCUGGCUCGUACAAGGAAAUCGAUAAAAAUGCAUCUCACGUACCAGCUGAGUGUGCUUUGCGUAGUAGUGAUCCUGUGCAGUUUUCGGGCGCAGCCUACGGUAGCCUUACUGCAAACCAAUACCAACCCGGCGGUAAAGGAGUUUGGUGUGGCGGAUGCUGCCCUGGUACUGUGCUUCGACAAGACGGUCUAUGGGCUUAGCCGUAGUCCAACAUCGUUGGCUCAUAUUUCGGACAAAAACAUCAACUACGUCAAGGUGGAAACACUGAAGCCGGGCUAUUACGGGGGUGUGAUGGCAGAAAUUACAGGUGGUGCCAUCAAGAAACCGAACAUCGUCAUCACACUAACCGAGGGUGGACGAAAGUCGCUCUUUAAGAGUAAUGUCAGAGUGCAAAUGUAUUGUGAAGCUUAA